AGUUCAUAAAGUUGGGUAGAGUUGUGGACAAUAAGAUGUGGUGGCAAAAAGUGACAAUAUUAAGUGCUUUAGUGAUAUUUUGUGUUGUACGUGGCAAUCCAUUAUAUAAUGAUGGAGUUGAAGAAAAUAAAUUUGAAGGUCCUGGAAAAUUUUUAAAGGAACUCUUAGUUGAUGUUCCAACAACUUAUAGACUUCCGAAUGAUUCGCUUCCAAUCAGCUAUGAGAUUCUUUUAAAUGCUAAUAUUAAGGAAGGAGAUUUCAGUCUAACAGGCAUAGUGAAUAUCAAAAUUAUGGUUGUAGAAAAUACUGAUAAAAUAACUUUACAUUCUCGAGGACUUAAUAUUACGAAAGUCGACAUAGUUAUAGACAAUGAUCCGAUUCUAUCUGAUGCUACCUUUGAUUUUAUUACGACACAUGACUUCCUUGUGAUCAAUUUAGGAAGCACUUUUAAUAAAGGAACUGAACUUCGUCUUGAUAUUUAUUACAACGGUAAACUUCGAGAUGACGGAGCUGGAUUCUUUUGGGCAAGAUAUAAUAAUAGCCAAGGAGAGACAAAAUAUUAUGGUGCAACUCAGUUUGAAAUUUUUGAUGCUCGUUCUGCAUUUCCUUGCUAUGAUGAACCUGGCAUUAGAGCUGUUAUGACUUUAACAAUCAUUCAUGAUGUAUCGCUAACUGCUGUUGCUAAUACAGCAGUCUCAUCUAAAAAUAUCAAUACUGACAAUACAAAAUACAUAACUCAAUUUGAACCAACACCAAAAAUUCAGACAUACCUCCUUGCCUUCCUUGUGUCAGACUUCGAGUAUGUCGAUGCUAUUGAUACGAGAAUUCCACAAAAGAUUUACGGCACUCCAAUGGCUAUUCAAGAUGGUCAAGGUAACUUUGCUGCUUCGGUUGUUGGACCAAUUUUACAUCAAUUAGAGGAAAUAUUGAGCGUUUCAUAUCCAUUGUCAAAAAUGGACCAUGUUGCCAUAGUUAGCCAAUUUAGCUUUAGUGCCAUGGAAAACUUUGGUUUAAUAAUCUACAUUGACAGAGGUUUACUACUCAAUCCAGCCUUAGGGAGAAGUGCUACAUUCAAUCAGCAAGAUUCAAUCAUUUCCUUAAUUACUCAUGAAUACUCUCAUCAAUGGUUCGGUAACAUCGUAUCUCCGAAAUGGUGGCAAUACACUUGGCUGAAUGAAGGUUUUGCUACCUUUUUUGCCAACUACAUUCCAGAACUUAUUUAUUCUGACAGAAAAUCAAUGAGAAAAUUUUUUUCAUCCACAAUUCAAACAGCAUUUAAUAAUGAUGGACCAACUGCAUGGUCAAUGAAUCAAUAUACAGAAGAUCCCAAAGAGUUAUGGACUAAGUUUAAUGGAAUUGGAUAUCAAAAGUCUGGUUGCGUAAUCAGAAUGUUUAUGGAAGUUAUGACUGCACCUGUCUUCUUCAAAGGACUGAAUUAUUAUUUGAAUGAAAAUUACAUGAAAGCAGCCACACCAGAUGAGUUGCACAUAAGUCUUCAAAAAGCAUAUGAUGAAACUAUCCCAGAAAAAUUGAUCCAUUUUGGUGACAUGAUGUCCACGUGGGAGAAUCAAGCUGGAUAUCCAUUACUUACAGUCAAAUCUGGUAAAGAUACAUUAGUCUUCUCACAACGAAGAUAUCCAGAAAGUAAUGGCGAAGUUUAUUCAAUUCCGAUUACAUUUGCUCAUAAAUCAAAUUCUGAUUUCUCUGUCAGAACUCCAAAACUUUGGCUACCUGUUCCGACUUUGGGAUUCACAACAGAACAAACUGGGUAUUCUGAAGGAGAUUGGAUGGUUGUAAACAUUGACCAAGUGGGUUAUUACCGUGUUGAUUAUGACACAGGUUUAUGGCGCGCAAAUAUCAAACAAUUAAAUGCUGAUCAUAAAGUUAUUAAUGAACUUAAUCGAGCUUUAUUGCUUGACGAAUUUUAUCUUGCAUGGACUGAAUUUGAUCGCGUUAAUGCUGUUGAUGCGUUGAAAAUUUUAAAUUACUUUGAUAAGGAAGACGAAUACCUUGCAUGGGCUAGAGGACAGGCAACAUACAAUGUUCUUAGAAAUAGACUUUUUGGAACUCCAACUUAUGAAAUAUUCGCUGGAUUUAUUAGACAAAAAGCAAAGUCACAUCUUGACAAGCUAGGAUAUGAAGGAUUUGAUGGAGAAGAUCCACAUCAAAUGUCAUUAAGAAGUUACACGAAACAAUUGAGUUGCCAGUCACUUGAUGGCACUUGCUAUCUUCAGGAAUAUCAGAAGUUUAUUGCUUAUUACAAUGGAUUUGGUCGAGUGAAUUUCAACUUUUGCUACGCAAUGAAGCUGCUCGAUGAACCUGUUUAUGCACAAAUAGUUCUUGCUGUUACAACCAACAGUGCCUAUGCAAAUCGUGCAGACUUUGUGCAGAACUUGGGAUGCUCAUUAAAUCCAGUCAAUUUGAAUGUUUUAUUGCUUCAAAUUCAAAAUUCAGGAAAUAAUUUGAGUAACAAUGAAAGAGAAAACCUACUGAUUAGCAUGUUUAGCAACUCCGAAGUGGGAUUGAAGGCAGCAUUGGACUUUAUUGAUGCAUCUUAUGAACAACUCAGCACGAUCAUUGAUCUAUCGAAGAUAAUGAGCAGCAUGGUUGGAUAUAUAAAUGGAGAUGAAAUGACAGCAAAGUUCCGUGAAGUUGUCGAUAAGUUAAAAGCAGGACAGCAUUUGACAGAAGAAAAUCACCAAUCUAUUUCAAGCAUAUUAGAAUCCAAUGAGAAAUGGAUAGAUGACAACUAUGAGGAUAUCUUGAAUUAUUUUGAAACUUAUAAUCCAACAACCUACAGGCUUCCAGAAAAUUCAAUUCCCAUCAGUUAUGACAUUAUUUUGAAUGCUAAUAUUAAGGAAGGAGAUUUCAGUCUUGUAGGCAUAGUGAAUAUCAAGAUAAAAAUUGUUGAAGCCACAAAUAAAAUCACUUUACAUUCUCGAGGACUUGACAUAACGAAAAUUGACAUAAUUGAUGCCACAUCUAUGGAACCUCUUUUAGUUGAAGCCUCAUUUGAGUUGGUCACGUCUCAUGACUUCCUUGUGAUCAAUUUAGGAAGCACUGUUGAGAUAGGAACUGAGCUUCAACUUGAUAUUUAUUAUAACGGUGAACUGCGUGAUGACGGUGCUGGUUUCUAUUGGGCAAGCUACAACAACAGCCAGGGAGAGACAAAGUUCUAUGGUGCUACACAAUUUGAAAUUUUCGAUGCUCGUUCGGCAUUCCCUUGCUAUGAUGAACCUGGCAUUAGAGCUGUUAUGACUUUAACAAUCAUUCAUGAUGUAUCGCUUACUGCUGUUGCUAAUACAGAAGUCUCAUCUAAAAAUAUCAAUAUCGACAACACAAAGUACAUAACACAAUUUGAACCAACACCACUAAUGCAAACAUAUCUUCUUGCCUUCCUUGUGUCAGACUUCGAGUAUGUCAAUGCAACUGAUACGAGAAUUCCACAAAAGAUUUACGGCACUCCAAUGGCAAUUCAAGAUGAUCAAGGUAAUUUUGCAGCUUCGGUUGUCGGUCCAAUUUUAAGGACACUGGAGGAAGUUUUGAACUUUCCAUAUCCUUUGUCAAAAAUGGAUCAUGUUGCCCUGACUAAAUUUAACUUUGGUGCCAUGGAAAACUUUGGUUUAAUAACUUAUAUUGAUCGUGGAUUACUCCUCAACCCAGAAUUAAGCGAAAGUGGAAAAUACAAUCAACAAGGCUCAAUAAUUUCUUUAAUAACUCACGAGUAUGCACAUCAAUGGUUUGGUGACAUCGUAUCUCCAAAAUGGUGGCAAUAUACAUGGUUGAAUGAAGGAUUUGCAACCUUUUUUGCCAACUACAUUCCAGAACUUAUUUAUUUGGACAGAAAAUCAAUGAGAAGCUUCUUUUCAUCCACAAUUCAAACAGCAUUCAAUAAUGAUGGACCAACUGCAUGGUCAAUGAAUCAAUAUACAGAAGAUCCCAAAGAGUUAUGGACUAAGUUUAAUGGAAUUGGAUAUCAAAAGUCUGGUUGCGUAAUCAGAAUGUUUAUGGAAGUUAUGACUGCACCUGUCUUCUUCAAAGGACUGAAUUAUUAUUUGAAUGAAAAUUACAUGAAUGCAGCCACACCAGAUGAGUUGCACAAAAGUCUUCAAAAAGCAUAUGAUGAAACUAUCCCAGAAAUAUUGAUCCAUUUUGGUGACAUGAUGUCCACGUGGGAGAAUCAAGCUGGAUAUCCAUUGAUUUCAGUCAGUGUCUCAGGAAGUAACUUGGUAUUUUCACAACGUAGAUAUCCCGAAAGUAAUGGCGAAGUUUAUUCAAUUCCGAUUACGUUUGCUCAUAAAUCAAAUCCUAAUUUCUCUGUCAGAACUCCAAAACUUUGGCUACCUGUUCCGACUUUGGGAUUCACAACAGAACAAACUGGGUAUUCUGAAGGAGAUUGGAUGGUUGUAAACAUUGAUCAAGUAGGUUAUUAUCGUGUUGAUUAUGACACUGGUUUAUGGCGCGCCAAUAUCAAACAAUUGAAUGUUGAUAAUACAGUCAUAAAUCCACUUAACCGCGCCUUGUUAUUGGAUGAAUUUUAUUUGGGAUGGACCGAGUUUAAUCGUGUUAAUGGAGUUGAUGCAUUAAACAUUUUAAAUUAUUUUGAUAAGGAAGAUGAAUACCUUGCAUGGGCUAGAGGACAGAACACUUAUAAUAUUCUUAGAAAUAGACUUUUCGGAACUCCAGCAUACAAGAAAUUCACAGAUUUUGUCAGAAAUAAAGCAGCACCUCACCUUGCAAAUCUAGGGUAUGAAGGAAUUGAUGGAGAGAAUCCUGACAUUAUGUCACUGAGAAGUUACACAAAACAAUGGAGUUGCCAAUCACUUGAUGGUAAUUGCUUCAUUCCAGAAUAUGAAAAGUUUAUGGCUUAUUAUAAUGGAAGCGGCGAAGUAAAUUUCAAUUAUUGCUAUGCAAUGAAGUUUAUUGAAGAUUCAAUUUUUGCUCAAAUUGUCCUCAAUGUUACGUCCAACAGUGCAUAUCCAAAUCGCAAAGGUUUUAUCCAAAACUUGGGAUGCUCAUUAAAUCCUGUUAAUUUAUAUAUGCUACAGUCACAAGUUUUAAAUACUGUGAAUACAUUGAGUAAAAAUGAAAGACAAAGUAUUUUAAUCAGCAUGUUCAGCAAUUCUGAAAUUGGAUUAGAGAUGGCAUUGAGCUUCAUCGAUAGCUUCCAUAUGCAACUUAGCUCGUACCUUGAUCUAUCCACGGUAAUGAAUGUCAUGUCAGGAUACAUAAAUGGUGAAGUAAAGACAGCAGCAUUCCGAGGAAUCGUAGAGAAACUUAAAUCAAGUCAACUGUUGUCAGAAGAACACGACACAACUAUUAAGAGCACAUUAGAUUCAAAUGAGAAAUGGAACAAAGCCAAUUAUUAUGAUAUUGCACUUUUCUUUGAACUUAUUGAACCAACGACACAAGCACCUACAACGACACAAGCACCUACAACGACUACCACAGUAACCGAAACAAUUCCUCCCACAACUACUUCUGAAGUUACGCCAAAGGAAGAAUCUACAACAACAACAGCAGCAUCAACAACAACAACAACAACAACAACAACAACUCAGGCUCCAACAGAAACAUCUACCAUGCCAGAUUCUGGAAAUUCAGUCUUCAUUUCAAUUAGUUUAAUUGCCUUAUGUGCUGUGAUGAAUUUAAUGAAGUUAUUCUAAAGCUGAUUUAAAAUAAUUAUGCUUAAUU